GGGGAGUAGGGCGGGCGGGAGCGAAGGACCAGUGCACCCGACGCCACCGCCCACUGAGCACGUCUCACGCGCUCUCCACAACACGCGUCUACGAACCUAUGCACAAUAUAUAGUGGACAAGUGAACAGUGAUCUUUAUUUCAAGUGUUACAUUUUUUUUUUGGAUUUUAUUUUUAAACGGCAUUUUUUGAACGACUUUGGUUUGUCUUCUCAAGCUCCGUUGGUUCCGUUUUCGAUACCUGUCUUUUUGUGAUAGCAGCUAACUAAAUUAAAAGUUUGUCUGAUCGAGUUCAUUGUGUUCGGAUAAGAAGUUUGAUUAAAUUCCACCAGCUGUUUCCAGUUCGGACGUUCAAAGAUAAAGUGUUCUUCGUUCAAAUACAACGACGAUGGAGUUUGUAAAUGUCGUGACGGAGCAAUCCAAACACCCGCUGCCGGUGAUAACCGACACAUAUCUAUAUAGUUGAGCAUAAAGCUAAGAUGGUGAAGUAGUGUUAAUAGACAAUUAAAGUGAUACAAUGAGCUUAUAAGUUUAAGUGAAUGUCUGGUGAUCGGGAGAGGAUGCCGUACUACGGGUAUCGGGAGGGCGGGCCGGAGUCGGACUGCGAAGGGGGGUGCUCGGACUCAGAUGGGGCGGAUUCGGACUCUGAGGGGGGGCUGAGUACUGAGAGCACGGUGGGGCAAGGCCUGCCCUUCCCCGGGUUCACUCCGGUCGCCCUCCGGUAUCUGACGCAAGAAACGAGGCCGAGAAGCUGGUGCCUCAAGCUGAUCACUAAUCCGUGGUUUGAAAGGAUAUCCAUGUUGGUAAUCCUAUUGAACUGCGUAACAUUAGGAAUGUACCAGCCGUGCGUCGACGAUCAGUGUGUAACGAAUAGAUGCAAAAUAUUACAGGUUUUCGACGAUAUAAUAUUCGCGUUUUUCACGUUGGAAAUGUCAAUCAAAAUGGUGGCGAUGGGCGUUUAUGGGCACGGAACUUAUUUAGCGGACUCGUGGAACAGAUUGGAUUUUUUCAUUGUUAUGGCCGGAGCACUGGAAUAUGCAUUGAACGUGGAGAACAUCAACCUAUCAGCGAUCAGGACUAUUCGAGUACUCAGGCCAUUGAGAGCCAUCAACAGGAUACCAAGUAUGCGUAUCCUGGUGAUGUUGCUACUGGACACGUUACCCAUGCUAGGAAAUGUUUUGCUGUUAUGUUUCUUCGUAUUCUUCAUAUUUGGCAUCGUGGGAGUUCAACUCUGGGAAGGAAUUUUGAGACAACGCUGUGAAUUCGUCCCACCACCGAAUGUACUGCGACCCAAUAUAUCAUUCUACUACGAGUUUUCAAAGGAGUUGGACUACAUUUGCACGACGCCCGAAGACAAUGGGAUGCACACGUGUGGGGACUUCCCUCCCUACAGAUACGGACCUCUUGUGUGCAACGAAACGGCCAAACCGUUCUCCUACAACCUGCCGACCAACACGUCUUGUGUCAAUUGGAAUCAGUAUUACACUAACUGUACUCAAAGGGGAAACAACCCCUUUCAAGGCACGAUCUCCUUCGACAAUAUCGGACUCGCGUGGGUCGCUAUUUUCUUGGUGAUAUCGUUAGAAGGCUGGACGGAUAUAAUGUAUUAUGUACAGGACGCGCAUAGUUUUUGGGAUUGGAUUUAUUUCGUACUGCUGAUUGUGAUCGGAUCGUUUUUCAUGAUCAACCUCUGCCUGGUCGUCAUAGCGACUCAGUUCAGUGAGACGAAGAAACGUGAAAUGGAACGUAUGAGGGCGGAACGUGCCCGUUUUACGUCAACGUCUACUCUUGCUUCUUCGACCAAUAACAGUGAACCCGCUACGUGUUAUGCAGAAAUUGUCAAAUAUGUCGCACAUUUGUGGAGACGGUUUAAAAGGAGAAUGGCUAAGAAGAUCAGGGUCUAUCGAUAUCAACGUGCUCAGUUACGUUGGAGGACGAGCAGGGAAACUCUUCAACUACCCGCUAAUAAGCCGAAACAACAUCAUCCCUGUUGCCCGCGUGCUCAUCCACAGCAGGGUAACGGCGGCAAGAGUGUGAGUGAGGAGGGCUGUGCAGGGGGCGACGAGCCAGUCCGCCGCCCCAGCCUGUUGCGCGUGCCCUCGCUGUCAGCCGCCGAUCUUGAGAAUGCAUCAAAUCUAUCACUACUAUCGCCGCCCUCAUUGAGCCGUCGUCGUUCCUCUGUGAUGUUCAGUGACACCGUGUUGCUGCACACUCCGACCACUCCUCACGGUGCACAUCCGCACAAUGUGUGCUCUUCUGAAAAAAUGACUCAAACAGAGUUCGACCUGCCGACAGGCGACACGGCGGAGGAGCGCGCGGCGGCGGGCGGGACCAUGUCGUGUCAGGAACUACUGGCAUUGUCAGGAGCGUUGUCUGCCGCCCUCCCGACUGGACAAGUGGCCCUGGACUCCUUCUUUGAAGAACUUACGAAGGGCAUCAGCAAGAGAGCUGGGGAGGAGAAAAUUGAUACUAGGAUCGUAGAAAUAGAAGAUUUCUCCUGCUGUGCGGACCUGCUCGCCGCUGAAGCCGCAGCCAAGGAAACGCGCAAGAGUCGCAUCAGUAACAUGUGUUCCAAGUUCUGGAGCAGAAUAUCAAGAGCACUCUCCAAGCUUAGGAAGAAGAUCAAGUUCAUUGCUGACCAUAAAUAUUUUCAACAAGGCAUUCUACUGGCGAUCCUCAUCAACACGCUAUCAAUGGGCAUUGAGUACCACAAUCAACCGGAGGAGCUCACUGUCAUUGUAGAAAUCAGUAACGUCGUCUUCUCGGCUAUAUUUGCCGUUGAAAUGUUACUCAAGAUCGUGGCUGAGGGCCCCUUUAAGUAUAUCUCCAAUGGGUUCAACGUCUUUGAUGGUGUCAUCGUUAUACUUAGUGCAUUCGAACUGGCACAUAGCAUGGGCCAGGAAAAAGACAUGGCUGGCAAUUCAGGGUUGUCCGUCCUCCGUACGUUUCGCCUCCUUCGAAUACUCAAGUUGGUGAGGUUCAUGCCCAACCUGAGGCGGCAACUAUUCGUCAUGCUGCGGACCAUGGACAACGUCGCCGUCUUCUUCUCACUACUAGUACUAUUUAUCUUCAUAUUCAGUAUUCUGGGCAUGUAUCUAUUCGGUGGUAAGUUUUGCAAGUUCGUCGAAGACAAUGGCAGCGAGCGGGAUUGCACCUGCCCUGAGAUCAUCUCGCACCAUCCCAAGUGUGAGUGCGACAGGAAACAUUUUAAUAACAUCCUAUGGGCUACCGUCACCGUGUUCCAGGUUUUGACUCAAGAAGACUGGAAUGUUGUAUUAUUUAAUGGUAUGGAAAAAACAAGUCACUGGGCUGCUUUAUACUUUGUUGCCCUUAUGACUUUUGGAAAUUAUGUACUGUUCAACUUGCUAGUUGCUAUACUUGUUGAAGGGUUCAGUUCUGAGCGAAAUGAGAGAAGGGAGCGUGAACAACGCGAGCUGGCAAAAUCAAAAUUGUCGAGCGAAUGUUUCUCAGACAAUAACGAAUUGCACUACGACGACUCGAACUCGGGAUCACAUUCCAGCGAGAGCUUUUCACAGAAUGAAAUAAAAAACUAUUGGAGGUCAGCGGAUGAUGUGCGAAAGGCUAAAGAUGAUGUGAACGGACAUAAAGAGAAGGCGAUGAAAUCACGCCGUAAAACCAAGUCGUCGGCACAUCAUCCCACACUUUGUAAGGACUGUGCACAAUCUAACAAGUGUAAUCUACAAAAGGAAUCAAAAAUGCUAGCAAGGUGUGCUGGCACAACAGAAUCGUCAGCAUUACCAAUGAUAACCCACACGGCAGCUACUCCUCAAGAUUCACCGUCAACUACUUUAGAACCUGGAGCUUCCUUCAGAGAUUUCAACGUCGCUCUGAGCUUAGAGAGAUCAGCCAUGCUAUCUAGUUUGGACUCCAUUGAUCGUACUUCUUGUGCCAGCAUACCCGGAUUACUCAAACCACCGAACAGCUAUACAUUGACUCUCCAUUCAGCUCAAGCUCAACUUGGAGCUGAAAAGGCUCGACUACCCCCUAUGACUUUAGCACCUCCCCCUUUAACCCUCGCUCCACCCCCUUUAAGACCCUCUUCGCCGGCUCCUACAACACCAACUACACCAAGGUCUAUACCAUCGCCUUUACUACCAGAAAAGAAUCUUCAAAUAACCAUUGCAAAGGAUGAAAAUUGUUUGAAUACGAGUGAUAAGUCUAGUCUUCUGAGUUCUCAAAAGAAUAUAAGUGUAGUUAGUAUGGGUGCAAAUGGCGAAGAGAAAUGUAAGGUGCAACGAGGCUACAGUUGGCGUAGGCCAAGUCUUAAAAAGAAGCCUAAACAAAGGACAGGAUCCGACUCAGACGCUAUUGUACUCAACAAUGGCAGGGAUCACACAGUUUGUAACGGUUCAAACAUCCGCAAGAACGAGCUACUCCUAUCAUCAUCGAUGGUGAUUAAGAACGACACACAGUCGGAGUUGCCGAACAACAGGACUCGUGCGCAAUUGCCUCCACCGCGCGUACUACCACCGCCAGCUAGACGUGUUUCUGCACAUAAUGCACCUUUGUUACCUGAUGUAUCUUGGAAGGCUCCAGAAGCGGGGUUCUCAUCGGACUCGACCAUUCGACUGGAUUCCGUGAAGCCUCCGCCUCACAGACUGUCACUCACUAACGACUACUUAACAGGCAAGUUGCGAGUAUCUGAGUACGACUCAUUGGUAACAGUGACAUCAGUAUCAGAAGUGAAGGCGAGCAACUUGACUCCGCCCACCGCCGCGGCCGCGCGAGAGUCGCCCGCGCCUUCGCUACCCGCGCGACACAACGCACAACCAUUGCCCUUAAAGCAAAUCAAUGAGGAGGUACAUACUAGUAAGAUUAAGGUGGCCAUAAACAACGUGUGUAUGUUAUCAUCGAGAUUUGAUAGACGACGGUACAGAUUCAAAGACCUUUUUCGCUUUAUGGAGCCGACGGGCUGCCUCAAAGAGAAAGAAUUUUACUCACUGUACAUUUUUUCGCCCGACAACAAUAUGCGGAGAUUCUGCACGUGGGUGGUGACUCGGGGCUGGUUCGACAACAUAGUUCUGUUGUUUAUUGCGCUGAACUGCAUCACAUUGGCCAUGGAGCGGCCGAACAUACCGCCCGACUCUAAGGAACGGGCCUUCCUGUCCAGUGCCAAUUACGUCUUCACCGGCGUUUUUGCUGUGGAGAUGUUUAUUAAGGUAGUGGCAUCAGGAAUGUUUUACGGUCCCGACGCGUACUUCACUUCAGGAUGGAACAUCAUGGAUGGCUCACUCGUCAUCAUAUCUAUCAUCGAUUUAUUAAUGUCUUUAGUAUCAGAGUCCAGUCCAAGAAUAUUCGGAAUUCUCAGGGUAUUUAGACUACUUAGGUCCCUAAGGCCACUGCGAGUGAUAAACAGAGCGCCAGGGUUGAAGCUAGUUGUACAAACACUGCUGUCCUCGUUGAGACCUAUAGGAAACAUUGUACUUAUUUGCUGCACUUUCUUUAUCAUAUUCGGCAUUUUGGGAGUACAGCUUUUCAAAGGAGCAUUUUUCUAUUGCGAAGGUGCAAACAUAAAGAAUGUUAAGAACAAGUCAGACUGUCUCGCUAUAGAGGGUAACGUGUGGGUGAACAGGAAAUAUAACUUCGACGACUUGGGCAAAGCGCUCAUGUCACUAUUUGUACUGAGUUCUAGAGAUGGAUGGGUCAACAUUAUGUACACUGGACUGGACGCAGUGGGGGUUGAUCAACAGCCAAUAGUAAACUACUCAGAAUGGCGUCUCCUAUAUUUCAUCGCGUUUAUAUUACUGGUCGGAUUCUUUGUACUAAACAUGUUCGUGGGAGUUGUGGUGGAGAACUUCCAUCGUUGCCGCGAGGAACAAGAGAAGGAAGAGAGAGUUAGAAGAGCUGCCAAAAGAGCACUGCAGAUGGAGAAAAAACGAAGAAAAAUGCACAUGCGGCCGUAUUAUGCAGACUAUUCCCAAACACGAUUAUUCGUCCACAACGUAGUCACAUCUAAAUAUUUCGACCUCGCUAUAGCCGGCGUCAUUGGCUUAAAUGUCGUUACGAUGGCCAUUGAAUACUAUAGAAUGCCGCCGGCUCUGCAAUAUGCCCUUAAAAUAUUCAAUUAUUUCUUCACCGCUGUGUUUAUUUUAGAGGCAAUUAUGAAGCUUGUGGCUUUAGGGUUCAAAAUAUACUUAAAAGACAAAUGGAAUCAAUUAGACGUAAUUAUCGUCAUCUUAUCUAUAGUGGGAAUAGUUUUAGAAGAAUUAGAGACUAAUAUAAUUCCAAUAAACCCGACUAUUAUGAGGGUAAUGAGGGUUUUGAGGAUAGCCAGGGUACUGAAGCUGCUGAAGAUGGCGAAGGGAAUAAGGGCAUUGUUGGACACAGUGAUGCAAGCGCUGCCGCAAGUUGGAAACUUGGGCCUGCUGUUCUUUUUGCUAUUUUUCAUCUUUGCUGCGCUCGGUGUCGAACUGUUUGGGAGGUUAGAAUGCUCUGACGAAAUUCCUUGUCAAGGUCUCGGUGAGCACGCCCACUUCGCGAACUUUGGUAUGGCAUUCCUGACACUGUUCCGCGUUGCCACUGGCGACAACUGGAACGGCAUCAUGAAAGACACGUUGCGAGAAGACUGCGACAGCUCAGUGGACUGCGUCAGAAACUGCUGCGUGUCCACCAUCAUAGCGCCGAUAUUCUUCGUCGUGUUCGUGCUCAUGGCGCAGUUUGUACUUGUCAAUGUUGUUGUUGCUGUCCUCAUGAAACACCUAGAAGAAUCACAUAAACAAAUGGAGGACGAAAAUGAUAUGGACGUAGAACUCGAGCGUGAGUUGGAACGGGAGGCCGAUGACGAGGAGGACAGAGCACUGUGCCGUGCUUUAGAACAAUUCAUGAGUCCCCCGCGGCCGCUGAACAAGGUACCGUCCCUUCCGGCUAACUUCACGUAUAGCGAGCCCAAGCAACCCGCACCGUCCCCCGCACGGCGCCGGCGCACGCUGCACUCGCACACCGCUUUGUUGCCGGCGUCGCUGCCGCCCAGGCGCGCUUCCUUAUCUCCUCACGCCUUCGGGCGGCGCCGGCAGGACUCCGCCUCCGAGCCGCCCGCCGCGCUCUACGAGGAGGACGCGCGCUUCAUCGACGCCGACGACGCCGACCAGCUCGAGCCCGGCAGCCCGCCGCACCGCGACUCCUUCGCGCAAAACAGGCGCCAACGCGCUGACAAACGAAACUCCCUGCGAGGAGAGGAGGCUCGUUUACUACGACCAGUACUCCUCGCUGUACCCUCUAACAGACAAAGCCUAAGACUGAGCGGCCCCAAACGAAGAUCCUCUACGGAAUCAGCCGCCACAGACGCGAGCAGCGCGUCACGCUCUCAGCACCAACUCACUCCAGAAUCAAUGGAUCAACCAAUAAGCGAGGAGGAAAAAAUAAGAAUAGUAAUCGCCGAGAGGCGAAAGAUAGACGCGACGAGGCCCGAGCCGGACGACGUGGUGGAACUGUCGGAGCGAGGCUCCUAGUCCAGGCGGGGCCGGCCGCACCAACACCAUGAAGUCUACAUCUAGACGACGCUCAAAGCGACGUCCGGAUCCCUAUCCUAUCUCUUCCUCGAUCUCCUCUCGUCUGUAAGUCUUGUAUGCUCAACGGACAGUGAAUGCUUGAGCUCGGUUGCACGAACAGUGAUUGUGACGAUUAUAUAAACUAAUCUUGACUUCAGUGCGUUUCAGUGUUGUGUUGCGUUGUCGAUAUUUACGAAAGAUGGAUAUUGCCCGUUCAGAAGCGAACUUCUCCUACGUUUUCUUUCACACAUCCAACCUAACCCUCACUUACCUUUUGCGGCCGGUUCAACUACUUCAAAAGAGACUUUAAUAAAUUUAGUUUAAGGUGUAUAAAAUAUGUAGAUAGGAAUUAGAACUAGUCAAUUUGUUGUGGUGGGAUGUUUUCUACGAGAGCUAAAGUUUACUUUGUAAUUUUAUUAUUAGUACGGUGCUUGCUGUUAAAGUUCAAUUCGUUAUUAUAAAUACUAUAAGAUUUUUCAAAGUAACCUCAACGAAUUAUUUGUUUGUAGACAUGACAUAGUUUCAGUUGAUCGAAUAGCCACUGACUUGAUUGAAGUUGUGUGUGCAAAUUAAUGUUAGACUUUGUUUUAAGAACGGGUUUCAAAUCAUUGAAUUUUUAGUGUUAUACGAUUUGUGUAAUCCAACGAUUCGAAUAAAGCCUACAAUAUUAUAAUUUGGAUGUGGGUACCUAGUAGUCUAUUGUUACUAGCUAGAUCUUUGUCAAUCUAAUGUCUAAAGUGGAACCAAACGUUCGUGAAUUGAGUAUUAAUCUCUCUAAAGAUGAAAAAACAUAUUUUCUGAAUAUAAAUGAAUCCUAUUUUCUUACAGAGUCAUGUACGUAACUUAGACGUGUAAUUGGCAAUACGCACAUAACGGUAGAGUCGACAUUAGGUAGAACGAAGUAGAUUGUGAGUAACGACAUCGCAAAACUGACCUUCUUACAUAAGUUACGCUCUACGAUAGUUUGGACUUAGAUCGUAUUAUUUAUAAUUUUAAAUGUUUAGUGCGAUCUAUCACUAGCCGUGCCAAAUCUACAAGACCUUUGUAACUUAAGCGAACAUUUUAUAAGAGUAUUUUAAUUGAGCAGUUGAUACCUAGUUGCUUGUCUUUCAAAACUUUUCCGCUUGUUAAAUUACUUACUGUCUACUUUAGAAAAGGCCGCAGAGCAAGACAAAGUUACUUAAAGUACACAAAAUAUCAAAGUAAGUUCAAUUAAAGCACAAACUGCUGUUUAUUUUGAGACAUGUCUAUGUGGUUGUAGUUACUGUACAAGAUCGUACCUAGUUAGGGAAGUCAGCAAUAAAUUUUAUACUUCGACUGUGCCUUUCCUAUUUCUAAUGUAUUAGCUUGUGAAGUUGAAUGUGGGUAGUCUCUGAGAUUAAAUGUAUACUGUAGGAGUUGGAGUGUAGAUACAUUAAAUUAUGAUUCUUGUUGAGUCUUUAUUAAGUUUUUGUUAUAAUUGUCAUGUGAAAAGUUUUGUAAAUGUAAGACGUUCCCCGAGAAAAUGAUGUUAUCUUUGUGCCAUUCCGAAAGUAAGAACUAUCCUAUUUUGUACCGUUGAAAGCAGUACAACAAACAUAGUAUAGCAUUUAGCCUAAUGUUUUAGUUGUGCCAUUAUUCCAUUGAUACAUCAAGUUGUCCUAAUUAACAAUGUAUUUAAUUACUUGAACGCUUCUCCUUCCUCAAGACGCUAUCUUUUAAUUACAUAAUGUCUUCCAUCUUUACUAAAUCUUUACCGAUGACUUGAAAUGGUAUCGAUCGAAGUUUAAUUACUAGCUACAAUAGAGUUCUUGUAUAAAUAGACAUCGAGUGAUUUCACGUUUAAUAUUAUUUACAUUUUCAAGUUUAUGUAAAAGAAUUGAUUAAAAGGAAUUUAGUAAAAUUAAGUAUAGUAUUUUCGUGAUAAAAGUAACUUCGUGAUAAUGAUGAAUAAUUGUUUUUCGGUACUGAUCGUAUAAUAAUUUAAGUGGUAUGAACAAUGUUCAUAGUUGAGUACACCUGUUAUCUUAGCUGGUGAUCUGUCGAGUUAAGAAAGUUACGACAAUGUUAGGUUGAAAAAAUAAAUUAAUAUUCAAAAA